AUUAACGCCGUCGGGAUUCAGUACAAGAUAGCGAGCCAUCGCGACAGGCUCAAGCCGAGGCGGUGAACAACAUCACCGUCUUUCUAGUGAAAAUAAUCACCCAAAUGCCCAUUUUCUCCAGCGUCGAUGCGAAUGCAGACGCCGGACAGGAAUUCCAGGGGUUCAAGGGACCGAUGCACGGGCCACUAUAUCUGCCAAGUCCUCACCUCUUCAUACUGUGUAAUUAUUCAAUUCUCGGGUUUGACUUUCUCACCUCACUCGCAAUAUUCGGCUCUCUGUUACUCCCUCGUCCCAUAGAGCCUCGUUGCCUCGGUCGCGUACUGGCUAUCCCGUCAAGCAUGAUUUCGUAGCUUCUCUAGCGGUUCCCAACGCUUUCCAACUGCUAUCGCUCGUUUGAACGAACCGCAUCUACCUGGCCUCCCUGGCCGCGGUUCCACCCCCGACAUGCACUUCGCUAUGCCUCCGCGCAAGACGUCGCGACCUCCUCCAUAUGCCGCACGGCAAUCAAGGGGCGGGAUACAGAUUCCAUAUGCGCUACGGGCCUUUUUGCGGAGAGACAAGCUGCGGACCAUCAUAGUAGCUGUCCUGGGUUUUGUCGCGAUACUAUGGCUCUUCGGAUUUAUAGGGGGAAGGGGCGGCAGUUCUGCGGCAGCAAUAAUAGGGACGGGCCCGCCGGUGGUGAUUGUCACCGUGUUCGAUCCUAGGGCGGACGCAGCGUGGGUGGAGAAGAUCAAGGCGAACCGAGAGGAUUAUGCGAAGAGACACGGAUACCUUACUUUCUUCCGUACUGACUCCCAAUAUCCCCUUCGCAACUCCCCCGCCUCCUGGGCCAAAGUCCCCGCCAUGCGCCAUGCCAUGACCCUCCACCCGAGCUCGACCUGGUUCUGGUACCUCGACAGCAGUUCCCUGAUCAUGAACCCCUCCAUCCCGAUCACUUCGCACGUACUCGCGCCUUCCCGCCUCGAGAAACUCAUGAUCGUCAAUGAGCCCGUGGUCCCCCCUGAUAGUGUCAUCAAGACCUUUGCCAAUCUGAAGGGUGAUAGAAUCGAUCUGGUCUUGACGCAGGAUAAGGAAGGCUUGCAGCCGAACAGCUUCGUGGUGCGGAAUGGGGAGUGGGCGAAGUACUUCCUUGAUGCGUGGUUCGACCCUAUCUACCGCUCGUACAACUUCCAAAAGGCCGAGUUACAUGCCUUGGAACACAUAGUACAGUGGCACGGCACCAUCCUCGCCAAACUCGCCAUGAUCCCGCAGGACAUGCUCAACUCGUACGUUUCUGGCCCCGCGCACCCGAAAAAUGGGCAAUAUAAGGAAGGCGAUCUCGUCGCCACAUUCCCUGGCUGUGUCAAAAGAGGCAGCUGUGCGGAGGAGAUGAAGAAUUUCCUGGAUAUCUUGGAAAAGAGGGCAGCCGGCUCAGAUUAGCCGAAUGAGAAGGACGAGCUACAGAAGAAGAAGAAUGUCUGAAAUGAUGGCGCCUGUUGAUAAGAAGAAGCUGCAGUCGGACAAACGGUACGGCCACGGGAAGGUCAUAUGUACCGAUCGCAAGUCCGACGUAAAGAUUUGGGUGAACGUUGCGAAGGGGUGCGGUGUUGUUAACCUCCGCGCGCAGAGUGGCGCAUAUCAAGGUUGGAUUACAUCAUGGAGGAUUCGGCGGAACGGAUAGAGGUUUCCACGUAGCCAUAUUAUUUGGCUAUCAGCCAUCCAUCAUGCGGCGUUUACGAGAACUGCGUAAUGGAGUCAUCGUAAGGUACACUGGGUGUCUACAUUAUUCUACACAGAAAUUUAGAU